AUGUUGGAGAUCCAGCUGGACGAUGGCGGCGUCGGCGGCUACCCGGGGGACGACUACUGCUCGGGCUCGGUGAUGUCGGAACGCGUCUCGGGCCUGGCCAACAGCAUCUACCGCGAGUUCGAGCGCCUGAUCCGCUGCUACGACGAGGAGGUGGUCAAGGAGCUGAUGCCGCUGGUGGUGACGGUGCUGGAGAACCUAGACUCGGUGCUGACCGACAACCAGGAGCACGAGGUGGAGCUGGAGCUGCUGCGGGAAGACAACGAGCAGCUUCUCACCCAGUACGAGCGGGAGAAGGCGCUGCGCAAGCAGGCCGAGGAG